GUUCGACCAAUGGGGCUUUUUUUCUCUACAAAAUUCGUAUUUUUUUUUCUGCGGACGAGCUGCGUUAUCCGUGAGACCCGGUAGUUAGGUAACUAAGAUGAUGGAUGCUCUGUCUGUGGUGACCCAGCUCCGGGACCUGGCGUCGGAGCCCCAGAACCGGGAGGCAAUAGUCCAGGACCAGGGCUGCCUCCCCGGGCUGGUUCUCUUCCUGGACCACCAGGACCCGCAUGUGCUGUUCGCCACCUUGCAGACUAUGCGCUACCUGGCAGAGUGGCCCCUCAACAUCCCCACUAUGAAGAAUGAACUGGGCAUGAUGGUCAGCUUGGAGACCCUGAUGGAGAGGAGUGGUUUGCCUGAUGACAUCAACGUCCUGUCGAGGGAGGUGUACGGUAUCCUGAGUGCCCCCCCUACCCCAGCCCCCCCCAGCCCAGAGAGAGAGAGGAGGAGGAACAAACCUCAGUUCUUCCUCAACUCCUCCAAAGGGAAGAACAAGUCUGUGACUCUGCACAUCCAAGGCCUGGACAGCACUGACCAGCGAGGUAUGUGUGAGGAGGCUCUACUGAAGGUUAAAGGGGUGAUCAGCUUCACCUUCCAGAUGGCUUCUAAGAGAUGCACCGUCCGCAUCCGCUCUGACCUGCCCACUGAGAGUCUGGCGUCGGCCAUCGCUGCUACCAAGGUGAUGUCAGCCCAACAGGUGGUGAGGAAUGAAGCUGGGGAGGAGUGUCUGCUCCCCCUCAGUGUGUGUGGUGGUAAUGUGAGGGAGGAGAAUGUGUCGAUACCAGACUACCUCCCAGAGGACGAGAGUCCCGAGAGAGAGACGGACCGUGCCGUGUCCCGGACCGCAGCCAAGGGCGACACCUCUGGCAGCUGGCUUGGCUCAGCAGCCUCUUUCCUCACCAGAUCCUUCUACUGGUGAACCUGGGGUCCUCAGGAGCUGGCAGCCGAAGUGGACACUCCCCAUCAUGGAUUUAAAAGCAUAGGAUUGGAUUCCACUAUUGUUAAAUCCAUGAAGGAGGGUGUAAGUGCACAUUACAGGACCAGGGUAGAGAAACGGGACGUGACCAGUGGUGGAAAAAGUACCCAGUUGUCAUACUUGAUUAAAAGUAAAGAUACCUUAAUAGAAAACGACUCAGGUAAAAGUCAUCCAGUAAAAAACUACUUGAGUAAAAGUCAAAGUAUUUGGUUUUAAAUAUACUUAAGUAUAAAUGAUUUAAAAUUCCUUAUACUAAGCAAAUCAGACGGCACCAUUUUGCUUUUUUAAUGUUUAUUUAUGGGUAGCCAGGGUCACUAGCCAGGGUCACUAGCCAGGGUCACACUCCAACACACAGACAUCAUUUACAAACGAAGCAUGUGUGUUUAGUGAUUCCGCCAGAUGAGGCAGUAGGGAUGACCAGGGAUGUUCUCUUGAAAAGUGUGUGAAUUGAACCAUUUCCCUGUCCUGCUAAUCAUUCAGAAUGUAAUGAGUACUUUUAGGUGCUAGGGAAAAUGUAUGGAGUAAAAAGUACGUUAUUUUCUUUAGGUAUGCAGUGAAGUAAAAGUUGACAAAUAUGAAUAGUAAAGUACAGAUACCCCAAAAAACUACUUUAAGUAAAAAAUACUACUGAAGUACACCACUGCCACCGACUAGGGUGACCACAUUUAAAAUACCCAAAUGCUGGACAAUGGGAUGAUUUUGUGGGACAUUGUAACCUACAUCAUCCCCUUCCUGUUUUUUUUGGUAAAUUAGUGGUGUUUGAAUUUGUUGAUAAAGGGCCAAAAUGUGGGACUGUCCUGCCCAAUCCGGGACACGUGGUCACUCGACCAACAAAUAUGUCUUUAUGAGACAGUAGAACGCUGCUGUUGCCUGAGAAAGGGCUUCUCUGUUGAUUUUCUGUUGCAGCCCUGCUCACUGCUUUCAGGUAAUACAUUGGGAUGAAUGUGCGUGUUAUCCAACACUUCAAUCUGGUCUAUUUAUCCAUGUUGUUACCUGUUGUUGCUGUCGGUCUCUACGCCUGUUGUAAUGUUUGAUUUGUGUACUUUUAUGUUCUGGGGGAUUUACUACAAAGCAGGAUCAGUGAGGAAACUAAUUCGCCUAAAUAUUCUUAAUUUAUUUAUUAUUUUUUUGGAAAGAUAAGCUUGAAAUGGGCAUUGUCUGACUCAACAACUAAAAAACAAAUAUCUGAGUUUUCUUAAUGUCAAAAGCUGAAGAACAUAGGCCCAUCCAGGUAGAAGUUGAAUGCACCAAUUUGUAAGCCGCUCUGGAUAAGAGCGUCUGCUAAAUGACGUAAAUGUAUGUUUAGCAGGUGCUGGAGUUGGAAAACAGAAAGGAAACCGCUGACGCUGCUUCUCAUGCUCCCAGGUGAUCCACAUGGACGCCUGAUGAAGACCUAAAAAACACUUCUGUUUUUUAUUUCUACCUGGUAGUUAAUUGCACUCACCUGGUGUCCCAGGUCUGAAUUAGCCCCUGAUUAGAAGGAGAGGAUGGAAAAACAGAGGUGUUUCGGCCCUCCAGGACCGGAAUUGAAGAACCCUGACCUAAGGGUUGAAACGUUGUUAUAAUAAAAUCCCCUGGGACCAGGAGCAGCGCUUUCCUUUUUAUUUUUCCAAGUUUUCUUAAUGAACCAAACAAUCUAGUUAUCAUUGAUCCUGUUUUGUGGUCCACAGUACCCCUCAGAUCUUUUGUCUUUUUAUAAUAUUUUAUUGAACUCGUUGCCCCUGAGGUGACCCUAAAACGCUUGUAAAAACUGCCUUCAAUAUGUUUGCUAAUUCUGAAAUAAAUGACCCCCCCCUAAAAAAUAAAUAAAUAAUGUAAACAAACCACAA